UUUCUCUUUAUUCAUGGUUAUUGGGAUUUUAGCCUUAUGGACCCUUUUGAACCAUUAAACCCAAGGGUUUUGGGGUUAAACCUGCCCAAACAAUUCCAGUCUUUUCUACUUCGCGGGUUGUUUGCAUUUCAACUCAAAAGCUGCAAAAUCGACCCUUCACUGCACACAGAGUUCUCUUCUACCUUCAACUCUUUGAUGCCAGUAGUAUCAGACAUGAGAGCUCUCCGAGCAAUCUCCACCCACAAACACCUCCUCAAACCCACCCUCUCCAUACCUUCCCUCGCCUCCUUCCAAUCCCUCCAAAACCCUAACUUUUCCCGCCAUAUCCACUCCACAAGCCGUCUCCACCAUGCCGAAGAGCCGGGCUCCGCCGCCGAUUCCCUGCAAACGCACAACAGUUCGAGCUCCAAGGGAGAAACCCGUCGCGGUUGGUCUGUCUUUCGUCCUGUCUCGCACACAUUGGCGACUCAAAGGGUCCCGAAUACCAGCGGCGAUGGACAAGAACUAAGAGGCGAAAAUGAAAGCGAAACCCAAUUGGGUUUAUCGAGUUUGGGAAAUGGGUUCGACGAGAUUGAGAAAGAUAGGGUUCAGAGGAGUGGUAAAAGUGAAACCCAAUUGGGUUUAUCAAAUUUUGGAUAUGGGUUCGAUGAGAUUGAGAGAGAUGAAGCUCAUAGGAGUGCUAAAAGUGAAGCCCGUAUGGGUUUAUCGAAUUUACGAAGUGAGGUUGGCGGGUUUGAGAGAGAUGAGGCUGUUAGGAGUGUUAAGAAAGUAAAUGCAGGGUCUAAGCUUUUUGGGGGAAUAGUAAGGAGUAAGAAGAAGGGGAAGGUUAAAACUAGCUGGGUUUGCUCGAAUUGUGGGGAGUCAUUUGGGCAGUGGUGGGGUGAAUGCCGGUCUUGUAAUGAAAUGGGCACAUUGAAGCAGUUUUCGGAGACAAGCGAUGAUGGUAAGGUUAGUGGGUUUGAGGUUUCAGAGAAGGUGGUGCGGUCGUGGAUGCCGCUGGAGGCAAGCGAGGUUGGGCCAACGCGGUUGACAGAUGUGAACCGGGGGAUUAAUUGGACAGAAAGGCGGAUUCCUUUGCCUGGACUCUUUGGAUGUGAAGUUGCAAGGGUGCUUGGUGGUGGUGUUGUGCAAGGUUCAUUAAUUUUGAUUGGCGGUGAUCCAGGAGUCGGCAAGAGUACACUCGUGUUGCAGAUGGCUUCACUAAUAGCUGAAGGGCAAGGGCUUGGUAAAGCGGCCUCUGUUGUGUAUGUCUCAGGUGAAGAGAGUGUUGAGCAAAUUGGAAGCAGAGCUGACCGUAUGAAGAUUGAAACAGAGGAUCUUUUCUUGUACUCAAGUACCGAUAUUGAGGAUAUAUUAGAAAAAAUUCAACCUCUCAACCCUCGGGCUUUAAUCAUUGAUUCGAUUCAAACAGUUUAUUUAAAAGGAGUUGCUGGAAGUGCUGGAGCGAUCCAACAGGUGAAGGAAUGCACAUCAGCCUUGCUGCGUUUUGCAAAGAAGACUAACGUCCCUGUUCUCUUGAUUGGGCACGUAACAAAAUCUGGAGAUAUUGCUGGACCUCGUGUCUUGGAGCAUAUUGUUGAUGUUGUACUAUAUAUGGAAGGGGAGGAGAACUUAUCCCAUCGUUUACUUCGAUCUGUGAAGAAUCGCUAUGGAUCCACUGAUGAGCUUGGAGUAUUUGAAAUGACACAAUCAGGACUGCAAGCUCUUUCAAACCCCAGUGAGAUGUUUCUAUCUGAGAAAUACUCAGAUUCACCUUGUUUAGCUGGUUUAGCUGUUGCUGUAAUAAUGGAUGGAUCUCGAACGUUUCUCAUUGAGAUUCAGGCAUUGUGUGUAUCUGAGUCAACAGUUUUACGGCAAGUUAAUGGGGUUUCAGCAAGUAGAGCUGACAUGAUUAAAUCUGUACUAACGAAGCAAGCUGGUCUAAAGCUCCAGGAGAAUGCCAUCUUCUUAAAUGUUGUCAGUGGGGUGACGCUGAAAGAAACUGCUGGAGAUCUUGCAAUAGCAGUAGCAAUUUGCAGCAGUUUCUUGGAGUUCCCUAUUCCCAAUAGUAUUGCAUUCAUUGGUGAAAUUGGACUUGCUGGCGAGCUUCGGCCGGUCACUCGAAUGGAUAAAAGGAUACACACAGUGGCGAAACUGGGCUACAAGAUGUGUAUCGUUCCAAAAUCAUCCGAGACAUAUCAAGGAACUCCAGGUUUAGAGGACAUUGAAAUUAUUGGCUGCAAGGAUCUGAAGGAGGUCAUCAGCAAUGUGUUCAAAUGAUGCUGAUAUGGAGCCAACGGUUUCAACUUCGUGCAUAUUAAAUUGUAUGUAAUUUUGUAUUAUCUAUCGUCGAAAUUGCUCUUCCUACCAAAGGCUUGCUGACUGCCUUGCUCCUUGGUUUCUAAUUUCUUUGAGAAAUGAUUUGUUAACGAUCGAUAAGAACCGAUAUAUUUGUAUUGACACUUCUAGUUUACAAUGGAUGUAGCUUCGUUUUACU